AUGAGAAUGCUUAAAAGACAGUCUCAUGCUUGGGAUACAGAAACAAUAGAUAUUGAUUUAAAAACAGAAACUCUAUUAGGAAAAGGAAAAAUAAUAUGUGCAUUUGUUUUUUGUGGUUAAGAUCUAGAUUUUGGAUUAUUUAUUGAUAAUUUUGGACAAAAUAAAGGGUUAAUAAAUAUAUUUUAAGAUUAUUUAGAGGAUUAUAAUUAAAAAAAAAUAUGGCAUAAUUAUGGAUUUGAUCGUCAUAUUUUAUAUAAUCAUAAUAUUAAUGUUUAAGGAUUUGGUGGAGUUACAAUGCAUAUGGCAAGACUUUUGGCUUAGUAUCCUUUGGAAUACAGUUUGAGUGUAAUAACUAAAAAUUUAUAAGUACAAAUAUAGUAAAACAAAAAAGAAUAUUUGAUAUAAAAUAUGAAAAAUUUAUAAGCUAAAAUCGAGGAAACAUAAAAUAUUUUAGAAAUAAAUUAAAAUGAUGAAGCUUUUAAAGAUUUAGAAUUUUAUAAAAUUUGUCUUAAAAAACUUGAAAAAAACUAAAAAUAUUUUACUGAAUAGAAUCAUAAAGAUGAUAUAAAAAAACUUUUUGGAUAAAAAAAGAAACUUAAAAAUUGA